GCACGCUGCAUGACAAAAAUCGCUGCUUCUGCCUUUCACUGUCGCAGAAAGAACAUUUUAGAACAUAGGAGGUGGAGAGUUGGUGUUCAUGGAAAAUAAAUUUGAAUAAUAAACAGCUUCAAAUUUAUAUACUGGUUAAUCCACUCUUGGAAGUUAACUGACUCAAAUAAUGAUACAUAGUAUAGCUUUGUUUUAUUAAAUUGGCGUUUGGCGAUUUUACUGGAAAGCAAACUUUUGCCGAAACUUAUUAAAAAAGACUUAAUUUAGUUUUCAUUAAUAUGGAUGUUAUGUGCUGACGAGAACACACAUAUCAUGUGAUAAACUAUAAACACCAAACCAUCUGUUGUGAAUGGAUUGGAUUAUUAAAGCACACUCCAUGAUGCAGACAACACAAUUGCUUCUAAUGAACACCCUGAUGAUGACUUUGAUCACGCAUUCAUCGACACAAAGUCAGGAUCCAAGGACAAUAGAUCUACAAGUGCAAACUAAAGUGAACGAUAUUCGGGAACUGGCAAUAAUAAAGGCUGAAAUUUUACGACGUCUGGGCGUUACGGAGCCUCCCUUGCCCUCUACGCAUGCGCCACGACCAGAGAAAAGGGCUAUAGACAAUACCGACUUUUUGAUGACAUACAGACUGCUCGACCUUGUUAGCCUUCAUUCUGAGCCAUCAGACGAAUUUGCAGACGACAAGAUAAUACAGUUCCAACUAGGAGGUCUAACUAGAGACAAGGCGGUAGUUAUCGAAAGUGUUAAUUUGUUGCUGAGAUUGAAAUUCAAGAACCCUUUCAUCAAUACCACACAUGAAUUUAAAUCAGAUACUGACUUACCUUCACUAAAUCAGACGUUUGUCGAAUUAAUUGACGGUUCAUCUGUAUCAAAAAAGGUGACUAAAAAAGAAAAAAGACAUUGGAAAGCCUCGCAGCGUGUGCAAAAAUAUAAAACGAAUGAAUUUCCAAUAACAAUAAUUGUAUCAAAUGUUACAAAUAGCGGUAAACCCGAUGUUAUUCUGACUAAAGUUAAAUCGACACUAAAAAAAUCUAAGUCCAUGAAACUGAGUCUACCUCUUGACCUGAUCAAACAGUCCUUCGACGGGAAUGAACAGACACUGAAUUUGUAUUUACAAUGUGUAGGAUGUGGGAAACGCGCCAUAUUGAUAUUAACUCACAAACCCCGACUGCGGCACCGGCGGAAGAGAAAGCAAAGAAGCAAGCCCCGAUCUCUACACAAACGAAGACCGAUUUUGUUCAUACAGUCUCGUAUAAUUUCACUAAGCUAAGUUAAUGUUAGCAAAGCAUAUCCCGUAUAGUAGUUAUUGGAAGUUUUCAAAGCGAAUUGUGAUACACGUGUUUAUUAAUUGGAAAGAUAAAUUAUAAACUGUUGCUGCUGACAUAAAUUUGCACUAGUUAUUUAAAUGCGUUUACUUCAAUGCUUGAAUUUGAAAAUGUAUUUCUCGACACAUGUGACAUACAGACAUCAAUAAGACAGGUUUUGUUCUUUUUACUUGUUUUAAAUCGACCAGACGGAAUAUGAUCGGUAAAAAAUCCCCUUUUUAUAAAUGCUUGCUAAAAAAAUCCAUAACUGUA